AUGAAGAAGAGGACUUGGUGAGGCGGAAAUCACUUUUGAAGAAGACGACGAACAAGCCGAGUUUCGGUUCGUGAGGAGACAUCGCAUAAAACCGAUUCGGGCUAUUUAUAUUGAUUGAACAACCUUCAAACAUUUUGUCUGCAGAUUUCCAAUUUCCUUGCCUGAUAACCUUGCUGCAGGGCCAUGAUUAGGUUUGCAAAGAAAAGUCUGUUUCGAGUGGCCAAAACACCUAGGGAUAAUGCCCAGGUUAGACAAAGAAUUAGAUUUCUCCAAUCGACCAGCGGUGGCAGGGCGCAGAAUCUAUUGUAAUCGUGUUAAUCUUCAAAAUUCCAAGUGUGUAAUUAUUAAAGAUUUGACAUCGGUCCUCCCCCCAUGCUGUGCGAUGAUGUCAGACAUGGCUCCCAUGGAGGGUGCCGGGACACUUAAGGCACAGUGUCUGUGGAGGUGUUUCUCGGCCAUGCACGUGUUCUUAAUGAGGAUUAUGGAAACAUUAGCUAUUUGGCCGACCAUCGUGGAAGAAGAUGAAGAUGAACUAUCGCAGCAGACGGAAGAUAGCAGAUGAUUUCGGAGAAUUAAAGUACAGAGUUUCAACACAGGUGUCUGCUCAAUACAGGUGGCCGGUAGAGCAGGUUUGACUGUAAAACCAUUAUGAAAAUUGUAAUACACACUGUUAGACUUAAUUAUAAUGUAUUGAUUAAACAAUGAGACCACUGUUUGUGGCUGAUGUUUGCUUGUGUGUGAGUUGGGUUUUUUUAAUAUAUAUAUAUAUAUAUAUAUUAUUAUUAUUAUUGUUUGUUUUUAUAUUUGUUUGUUUGUUGUUUUGUUUGGGUUUUUUCUUUUUUCUUCUUUUAAAUUUUUUUUUGGUAUUUUUAUUUUUGUUUUUUGGUGGUUUUUGCUCGGUUUUUUUUUUUGCGUGUUUGUUUCUGGGGUUUUUCCUGUAUUGGGGUGAUUAGGGGUCGUAUUCUUGUUUUGUUUUAUGUGUGUGGUUUUGUCUUCAGUCACAUGUCUAAUUAAAUAUCAUUAAGACUUCCAGUUUGUCCAGCAGAAGUGAUUUAUUUGUCUUUUGUGGAACAACAUACCUAUCAAUUACACAUAUUCUGUAUAACAUUACAAACAUGACUUUUUUUCUUUUCUUUUUACAUUAUUACCUGUAUAUUAUUGUCUAAAAGAAAACAACAAUCGUAUAUAGUUUCCAUGGUGUAUUUUCUUAGAUCUGUUGUUUCUAUGGUUACUGUAUGAUUUGAAAUCUAAGUCCGAAACGUCAAGCUAAAUGCGUUUUCACACAUUAUUAACAGCGUUAUGUCGGUGAAUUCGGAUCAUUCCUAUUGCGAUCCGUAUUCUCGACGGUACAAGUCAAAUCAAUGCUACUGUACGCACAAUGAUCGCGGUAAUAUGUCGUGACUGUUUGCGUCCGUGUUUUAGCUUUCCACGUGUACGAAUUAUAAACAAUGUUUAGCCAGGUAUAUCCAGGUCACUUUCUGCAACAGGCCAGGUGAGUAGAACACUUUCAGUCUUCUUCUCUGU